UGUUACAAAAAAAAAAAAAGAAUCUCUAGGAUACAUUUUGGGGGUAGAUUAGUGUAAAUAUACUUUUUUAUUAACAACAGUUUUUUUUUUGUCACCUAUGAAUUGCAUUAACAUGAACUGAAGUACUUAAGUACCAUUUGUUACAGACCAAGGACCCAUAACAUACUUCUACCUUCUUUUCUACUUAUCCGAAGCUAGUAUAUACCCCAAAUAACACACCAAAAGACUAAGCACCAUCAGGACAUACAUACCAAGAGCCUUUUCCAUAGAACAAAAAAAGAAGAGGGCUAAAGUUUCUCACAAUCAAAGCAUCUCUCUUAUACCACCACCACCACUGUGUUUGAAAAACAUCAAAUAUCAUAGUAAUCAUAUAUAGACUUUCGAUUCCGAUCUGUAACAUUGAAAUAACAGCAUCCUGGAUACAAAUAUUCUCUGGUAUUAAUUUUUAUUUGAAAAAGAACAUUCCAUUCUGCCAAACAAAAUAUUGUUAUUAGAAAAAUAAUUAUUUGAAAAUUGUUAGUCAUAAAUUAUAGCCCUGAUUUUUUUCUUUUACUGAAUUACUAUUAAUUUUAAAGUAUUGGAAAUUGUUAGUCAUAGACAAUAAUGUAUUUAUAGUCAACUUUGAGUUUAUUUUCUUAUAAAAUCCUGAUAAAAUUUUGAAACAUAGUGAAUAAAUAUAUAAUCGACAUUUAUGUAUACCCUAAAUAAAUGCUCUAUUUUUCACCCUAAGUAAAUAGGCUCGUCAGCACAAACAAUAUUUGUAACGGUCAAUAAUUAUUGCACAUUUAUUAUUUUUUCACUAACCAAAUUUAUCCAAAAUGGUCCCUAUUUGCCUUAAGGGGUAAAAAACAAAGCAUGACAUUUAUGUGUAAAAUUCUUAUAACCCAUUUUGGACAUAUAUGUGUAGAUUCCGUGUAAGAGCUGUAUCAUUAGAUGUUUUUUUUGUUGUUCUCAUUUAAUAACACUACUGUUUGGAUAAUUACAUUUAUUAGUUGUGUCUCCAAGUGUUACUUGAAAGCCACUGAAUGCUUUAGGGUCCCCUCACGGCUUAAGUUAAUUAGGAUUCUAAUUUGAAUUUAGGAUCUAGUCUAGGUAUAUAGCGCUAUCCAAAUGUGUGCGGAUCAUAACUAAUGACUUGUAGGUAACUGAUUAGAGCUUAUUAUCGAAAAUGUGUAUCAGUAAAACUUGAGAGGAACGACAAUACCACUGAAAUAAAAAUCAGCACCAUAUUAGAUCCUGAAGGAGAGUAUUAUAAUCUUAGAUUUUACAUGUUUACAUUUCUUUUUGUAAAAUCUAAGCACUUCCUUUAUUUUUCAAAGUUCAUUUUUUUGUGUGUGUGUACGCAUGUUAAUAAAAAUUGGUUGUAAGUAUAUUAUUUUAUAUAAUUUACUAUUUUUCAAUAAUUUUAAUAAAUAGAAAUUUAAAAAUUAAAUUAUAAUUGAUUUUAAAAUUUCUUAUUUUUAACUAAUAAAAUAUAUGAAAAUAAUUUAAUUUGUUUUGUAAAAUGCAUAACUACCGAGAGAGUAGUAAAUAGUUAUGCAUUUUUAAAAUUUUAUGUCACAUAUAUAUCAUGUAGUAAUUGUCUUUUGUGUAAGAAACUGAUAUCCUAUAAAAUAGCUAAGCUAAAAGUAUAAUUCUAGUAAUAAUUUAAGAAAAAAAAAAAACUUUACACAUUUUCCACAAGGAAUUUUUUUGUGUUACACUGCUCACAGGAAAGUGACGACGUUUGGUCGUUGCUUAAAAAGGAAGCUAAAAAACAGCAAAAAGGACGCGCCGUUUUAGAAUCCCGACGGCGUCUGGGUAGGAAAGCGAAGGUCCGUAACGGUGCCGUAACCUGCUUCCCCGUGAACGGAACAGUGAGAGAAAGAGCGUGACCCCACUCAAAACGGGCAAGCAAAACACAACCGCCAGCCAAAGGAAACGAAAUUAAAUCUCAGCCGUUGAAAGAAUCAACGGCUCCUGACCAUUUCUUCAUCUUCCAUAAACCCUUUCCCCUGUUUUUUUUUCAAUUUAACCAGAAAAACCUCAUAAAACUUUUACAAGUGUCCAUAGAGAGAAAGAGAGAGAGAGAGAAGAAUGAACGAGAUGAGCGAGAGAGAUUCUAAAGAGACUAGCUUUGAAGGAUCUAGCAUCAAGAGGAUGAGACUCGAUGAUGGUGAUGACUCAGCUGAAGAGACAACGGUUUCUUCUUCUUCUUCUUCUUCUCUGUCUUACUCCGCCGCUUCAGAUUCUGAAGAUGAAGAUCAUCGGAGCUCAAGCGCCAUAGAUACUUCUCUGCCAUUUUUAGAUCUCGAGGGUGAGCAGCAAAUCUCCGAAACCGAAGUAUCGUCAUUAAUCACCAUCAGUUUCAGAGCACAAGGAAGUCCAUCGAGCGAAAUGGACUCGGCCACGACGACCAAGACGGAGAGGCAAGAGAAGAAGGCAAAAGCACCACCGACGCAGGCUGAGCUUGACGACUUCUUCUCCGCCGCGGAGAGAGGCCAACAGAAACGAUUCUCGGACAAGUACAACUACGAUAUCGUUAAUGAUACGCCGCUUGAAGGUCGCUACGAGUGGGUUAGUCUCAAGCCUUAAGAAGGAGAAGACAAUGCUAAAGUUACACGACGUCGUUAGGCACUCUUGUGAGUUUUGUCACAGAGAGAGAGAGAGAGAGAGAAUCGUAGCUUAGGAUCGGUUUAUUUCGUUAUUGUACAGUCUCCAGUCCUCUCUAGCUUAUUUUAGUUUCCUUCUUCUUAUGUUCAUUCGUACCACGAGAAACAAAAAGGACGCAGCUUUCUUUUUCAACUGAUGGAAUUUUUUCUAAAUUUAUCAUUUUUAAUGUCUAGUUUAACUAUCAAAAUUAUCUGUUGAAGUUUUUUCAAAACUUGAAUUUGAAUGUCUGCAUCAAAAAACUUGAAUUUGAAUGUCGAGUUUAUUCUCCAUCCAUAUUUACUUGAAGAGCACACCAAAUUAAAGGUAGUAUUCUUUUAGUUUUUGAAAGAGGUAGUGAAAAUAUUUAUUGUGUCAGAAAAGCUGGACCUUUUUGUCAGUUAUGUAGAGUUGGUGGUGACUAUGCACAUUAUUAGCAUUUCAUGUUUUUUGUAGCUUAUUAUUUGAAUUCAGAAAGCUAUUUAUUGUUUUGUUUCUCAUUUUCGAUGGAUUGUUUUCAGAAUUUUGUUUCCUUCCGGUUUGUGCUGUGUGAUUCUUUGUAUUGUAAUGUUCUGUUUGCCCUAGUGAAGGUAAUAAUGAUUUUAAGAGGAAAAGUUGUUUUAGGACAAAUAA